AUGAAAUUGCCGUGGACCAGACUCAUCCGCUUCGUCGCCACCGACGGCCGCCUACUGCGCGGCGAACCGAUCCUCCCCAGCGAGGAAUUCGACCUGGGCAACGUCACGGAAGCCGACCAGUUGAAGGCCAAAGUCAUCGUGGGGGACGACAUCUUCGACACGACGGGCAAGACGAAAGUGACGGAUGAGGUCGUCACGGUGAAGAAGAUCCUUGGUCCGUUGGCGCGAGAGGAGGUGCCGAUUCUGAGAUGUGUCGGCUUGAAUUAUGCAAAGCACAUCAAGGAAGCCGGGCGACAACCGCCGCCGUUCCCCUUCAUUUUCUUCAAGCCGAACACCACAGUCCAGGACCAUGAUGCUCCGGUGGUGAUACCAAAACUCGCCCAGGACGACCAGGCGGAUUACGAAGGAGAACUGUGUAUCGUCAUGGGCCGCGACGCGAAAGACGUCCCCGUUGAACAAGCCUUGGACUACGUGGGCGGGUACACAGCCGGCAACGACGUCUCGUCGCGUAAACUCCAGCGCGACCCGGAACUCGCCGGUCGCGUCCCUCAAUGGGGCUUCUCCAAGGGUUUCGAUACAUAUGCUCCCCUGGGCCCGUGUCUCGUGGCCCCCGAACUCAUCGGGAACCCUGCAGAGCUGCACCUGAAGACGAUCAUCGACGGCGAGACGCGGCAGAGCGAAAGCGUGUCUGAUUUGCUCUUUGAUUGCGCAUAUAUCAUCUCCUAUCUGAGUCAGGGAACGACCCUGCAAAAGGGCAGUGUCAUCAUGACGGGGACACCAGGAGGUGUCGGUUUCGGCAUGAAGCCCCCGCGAUUUCUCACCCCGGGCACGAAGAUGGAGGUGUCGAUAUCGAAGAUCGGCACGCUGCGGAACACGGUCCAGUUUGCCUAG